CGGACUCCACCGGGCUCCCUCCGCGGCAGGCCCGGGGAAUCAGCCGAUUUGAAUAUUCACGACUUCCUCCGCGACUUCCCUUGGCCACCCUGACCCCCACUUUGGGAACACCCCUCCUGUGUUUUCCUUCCGGAGUCUGAGCCGAGGCGUCGUGUGGGCGGCAGGCCCGGCUCUGGCUGCUGGGUUUCGGCACCGUCUCCAAAGUCCGGAGGGUCUCGCGACCCCUCCCCCUCCCCCUCCUCCCAAGGCCAGAAUCGGGCAUCCACCGGAACGCUCCUUGCGGCCUGGACACCCAUCCCCUGAGGGUCAGGGACCUGCCAGCCCAGGCUUGUUCCAGAACAUGGCCCUGGGUCUAGGGCAAGGAGACCCGGGGCCUUCCCAGCUGACCCUUAAUGCUGUGGCGCGCUGCAGGAGCAGAAGGGCGAGCUGCGCAAGCGGCUGUCCUACACCACGCACAAGCUCGAGAAGCUCGAGACCGAGUUCGACUCCACGCGCCACUACCUGGAGAUCGAGCUGCGGCGCGCGCAGGAGGAGCUCGAGAAGGUCACGGAGAAGCUGCGCAGCCAGGCUUGCAAGAAUCGUGUUUAAAUGUGAGUACUGGCUCCGAGCAAGGACCGGACAAAGUCACUUGAUUCAGAGCAAUUACAUGGCGCUGCAGCGGAUCAACCAGGAGCUAGAGGACAAGCUGUACCGCAUGGGCCAGCACUAUGAGGAAGAGAAGCGAGCGCUGAGCCACGAGAUUGUUGCCCUCAACAGCCACCUGCUGGAGGCCAAGGUGACCAUCGACAAGCUGUCGGAGGACAAUGAGCUCUAUAGGAAGGACUGCAAUCUAGCGGCCCAGCUGCUGCAGUGCAGCCAGACGUACGGCAGGGUCCAUAAGGUGUCCGAGCUGCCCUCCGACUUCCAGGAACGUGUGAGCCUGCACCUGGAGAAGCACAGCUGCGGCCUGCCCUCCCCACUCUGCCACCCCGCCUACGCCGACAGCGUCCCCACCUGCGUCAUCGCCAAGGUGCUGGAGAAGCCCGACCCCGCCAGCCUGUCCUCCCGCCUGUCUGACGCCUCAGCCCGCGACCUGCCCUUCCGGGAUGGCGGGGAGAAGCCGGGCCCGCGGCCCCCCUACAAGGGGGACAUCUACUGCAGCGACACGGCCCUCUACUGCCCCGAGGAGCGGCGGCGCACCCGGCGGCCCAGCGUGGACGCGCCCGUGACCGACGUGGGCUUCCUGCGGGCCCAGAACUCCACCGACAGCGCGGCCGAGGAGGAGGAGGAGGCCGAGGCGGCCGCCUUCCCCGCGGGCUUCCGGCACGAGGCCUUCCCGGGCUACGCGGGCUCGCUGCCCACGUCCAGCUCCUACUCCAGCUUCAGCGCCACGUCGGAGGAGAAGGAGCACGCCCAGGCCAGCACGCUCACCGCCUCGCAGCAGGCCAUCUACCUGAACAGCCGCGACGAGCUCUUCGACCGCAAGCCGCCGGCCGCCGCCUACGAGGGCAGCCCGCGCUUCGCCAAGGCCACGGCCAGCGUGGCAGCGCCACUGGAGGCCGAGGUGGCCCCGGGGUUUGCGCGGACCAUGUCGCCGUACCCCGCCGAGUCCUUCCGCUUCCCGGCCUCCCCGGGCCCCCAGCAGGCCCUGAUGCCCCCAAACCUGUGGAGCCUGCGGGCCAAGCCGGGGACGGCCCGGCUCCCCGGGGAGGACGCGCGGGGCCAGUGGCGGCCCCUGAGCGUGGAGGACAUCGGUGCCUACUCCUACCCGGCCACCGCCGCCGGCCGCGCCUCGCCCUGCAGCUUCUCUGAACGCUACUACGGCAGUGGGGGCAGCCCGGGCAAGAAGGCCGAGGGCCGCGCCAGCCCCCUCUAUGCCACCUACAAGGCCGACAGCUUCUCGGAGGGUGACGACCUCUCCCAGGGCCACCUGGCGGAGCCCCGCUUCCUCCGGGCCGGCGGCGACCUGAGCCUGAGCCCGGGCCGCGCGGCCGACCCGCUGCCCGGCUAUGCGCCCAGCCAGGGGGAUGCGGAGAGGCUCGGGGUGCAGCUGUGCGGGGCGGGCGGCAGUCCCGAGCCCGAGCACAGCCCCCACAGUUCCAGGGACUCCUUGGAGCCCAGCUCCAUGGAGGCCUCCCCGGAGAUGCACCCCGCUGCCCGCCUCAGCCCCCAGCCGGCCUUCCCGCGGACUGGUGGCUCGGGGCUCAGCCGCAAGGACAGCCUCACGAAAGCCCAGCUCUACGGAACCUUGCUCAACUGAGCGCCUGCCUGCAGGCCGCGGCCAGGGGGCCCCCGCCCACCCCCCCACCCCCGGGCCCCGAGGGCACAGCUCGCCUCCCCCCUAGACACCCGUCCUCCCCAGUCCCUGCCAACCGGGACCCUCUCUUCCACCCGACCCAGUUGAGCCUGAGCGGAGGACCCCUCCCCCACCAUCCUGUCCACCCCAGCCCCACCACGGUGGAACGUUUUUCACACACCAACAUCCUUCCCCACCCGAGAUGAGCAUCCCCCCCUUUUAUAAAGUGAAACUAUUUUUAUAGAGAAAAAGGGUCUUUCUUAACGCACUUGGCCUCCAGCUCCCUGGACGGCAGCCUUGGCGUUUUCAACACAAAGCUCCUUUAUUUUUGGGGGGAGGACAGCGGGGCCUGCCCCUGGGAGGGGAAGGACGGUGUCCUGUGGAGACACCCCAGCGAGCCAGUGACAAGGGGAGCCCGUAGCUCUGUCCGCGAAGAGGGGAGGUGGACCGGGUGGGGGGGAUGUGGAAUGUUUCUAAACUGUUUUCGCCGUGUGACCGACACACCGCCCCAGCUCUCCUGUGGUCCGUAGUCCCGAGUGGGGCCGGUGCUCGUCCCCCAGCGUCCCGCUCCCCGGCACCACCUCGCUCUACCUCAGACGUAAUGAGGCCCUCGGACCCCCAGUUUCUGUGGCUUGCUCUCCCGUUGUCUGCGAUGCAUGCCCUGUCUCGGUUAGUACUGUACUUUCGUUCAUUAAUAAAAGACAUCAGUGGAAA